UCAACAACUUCCCGAUUCCCCUCCUUAAACCUUCAAUCAUCAAAUUCUAAUACAUUCUUUUUCACCCUGUAAAUACGUAGUGCUAAUUCAAGAGCGGGUCUCACUGAUUUCUGCUGGUGACGACUUCUGUUUUCAUUUCAAAAGCGGUUUUUGUUUCACUCGAAGAUGGAAACAGCUGCCACUUUUCGGUCUUCUUUGGGCAUACCUUCUUAUUAUGACGUUCGGUCGGUUGUUAAAGGACCCGAUUUAGUGCAGUUCGGAUCCAGAUCCCGGGUUACGCCGGCUUCAGUUAAGCGGCAUCCUUUAAUUUCUCACGUGAAGUUGGGCCAGAGCAGAGAUACUUUUAAGAGCAGGAAAUGCACUAGAAUUCGAUCUUCCAUGUCCUCAUCUUCUAAUUCAGGAGGUUCAACUGCUCCUAUUGCUCCGCUGCAGUUGGAGUCUCCUAUUGGACAGUUUCUUUCUGAAAUCUUGGUUAGCCACCCCCAUCUUGUGCCUGCUGCAGUGGAACAGCAGCUUGAGCAGCUUCAAACCGAUCGUGAUGCUGAGAAUCAGAAAGAGGAGACCGCAGCUUCUGGUACAGAUUUAGUGUUGUACAGGAGAAUUGCAGAGGUGAAGGCCAAUGAGAGGAGAAAGGCAUUGGAAGAAAUACUAUAUGCCUUAAUUGUACAGAAAUUUAUGGAUUCCAGCAUAUCUUUGAUUCCUUCCAUUGGACCAUCCUUGGAUCCUUCUGGCCAAGUAGACAAAUGGCCCAGCCAUGAGGAGAAACUUGAGAGGCUUCACUCUCCUGAAGCUUAUGAGAUGAUCCAGAACCAUCUGGCCCUCAUUCUGGGAAACCGAGCGGCUGAUUCAUCUUCUGUAGCUCAAAUUAGCAAACUAAGAGUUGGCCAGGUCUAUGCAGCUUCAGUGAUGUAUGGGUAUUUCCUAAAGCGGGUUGACCAGAGAUUUCAGCUGGAGAAGUCAAUGAGAAUCCUUCCACAGGGAUCAGAUGAUGGAAUUUUGAGUAACACACAGGAAAUGGUGGGGCUGGAAGAUGGACCUGGCACUGAUGUUGCUGCCAAUACUUUCAGGACUGCACAAUCCCACCCUGAGGGGUCAUCAUGGUCUGCUGGCAGCGUUAGCCCAGGAGGAUUUGGUCAUGGCGUGAAGUCUUCCAGGUUGCGAACUUAUGUGAUGUCAUUUGAUGGGGAGACACUGCAGAGAUAUGCCACCAUCAGGUCUAAGGAGGCUGUCAGUAUUAUUGAAAAGCAUACAGAAGCAUUGUUUGGUAGGCCUGAGAUUGUUAUCACACCAGAAGGAACUGUUGAUUCCUCUAAAGACGAACUCAUUAAAAUUAGCUUUGGCGGUCUGAGGAGGCUUGUGUUGGAGGCAGUAACAUUUGGUUCCUUCCUCUGGGAUGUUGAGAGCCAUGUGGAUUCGAGGUACCAUUUUGUUGCAAAUUGAGCCUUUGCUUGUAUAUCUGCAUGGAGAAGCAGAAUUAGCAGCUGAGAUUAAGUGAUGCGAAAAUGCUGUUAAAUUUGUGAGGGGCGUAUGGAACCGCUUGUAUAUAUAAAAUUUUCAGUGAUGAAUCUGAUGUGAAAGUUUCUGACAGGAGUAAUUGGAUACUUAUGACUGCUUAGCGCAACUUUUUGUUAACUUUGUUGUACCUGCCAAAUGGAGUAUCAUCAUUGGGUAUUAUUUCGUUUUUCCGCU